CAAUUAUAGCAAUCCGACGCAUCGUCGUCAUCUUGCAGCGGCGUCCUCACUCGUUGUUUUCCUGUUGCCGAGCGGCCGGUUUCGUCGCCAUUGUCCUUAAAUUCCUUUCUUUUAGGGUUCGUGUUCGAGAGCGGUUGGCGACACUCUUCUUCUCGAUGGAGAACUCUACCGCCCGGGGUGAGAAGGACGUCGAGCUCUUCUUCGAUGACGACAGCACCGAUGCAGACAUCGAUGAGGAGGUGGCGGAGUAUAAGAGCGAUGGCGAGAACGAAGAAGGGAACGAGGAAGAGGGUGAGGAGCGGGAGCGCUCCUCUUCGUUUUACUCCCAGCAGUGGCCCCAGAGCUUCAGGGAAACAAUUGAUUCGUACACAAUUUCUGCAUCACCAGCCUUUGGUUACGUUGGGCCUAUUCCAAGUCUUAGAUAUUCUAGUCUUGAUAUUCACAGUCAAAGUGCACAAGAUUCAGAUAUGAAAUUGCCUCUUUUGUCUGGUAGCAUAUACGAGAAACAAGAGUCAGAUAAGAACCUCAGGAGAUCUCUCACUUCCACACCUGAUGGAUCAGUCUCCUUUAAGGUGCAGUCUUCUGGUGAAGGAUAUAUUCAUCAUGGUUGUAGUGUGACUCAGACUGUCUUUAAUGGUGUAAAUGUAUUGGCAGGGGUCGGCCUUCUUUCUACUCCAUUUUCAGUGAAAGAGGCUGGUUGGGCUAGUAUGGCAUUGCUAAUUCUUUUUGCAGCUAUUUGUUGUUACACCGGCAUUCUUAUGAAGCACUGCUUUGAGAGUAAAGAUGGCAUUUUUAGUUACCCAGAUAUUGGAGAAGCUGCAUUUGGAAGGUUUGGACGCCUUUUCAUAUCUGUUAUAUUGUACACAGAACUAUAUGCAUAUUGUGUGGAAUUUAUCAUUUUAGAAGGCGAUAAUCUCAAUAAAAUAUUUCCUGGGGCUGCGAUCGAGUGGGCUGGAAUCCAUAUUGAUUCUGUUCACUUGUUUGGAAUGUUAACUGCUCUUAUUGUUCUACCAACUGUUUGGCUGCGAGACCUUAGAAUCAUCUCCUACCUUUCAGUCUCUUUUGCAGCUGGUGGUGUGGUUGCCACUAUUUUGGUUUUUGUCUCUGUCUUUUUUGUUGGUACCAUGGAUGGAAUUGGGUUCCAUCACACUGGUAAAGCUGUAAAUUGGGGGGGCCUGCCAUUUGCUAUUGGUGUGUAUGGUUUUUGCUUCUCUGGUCAUUCGGUGUUUCCAAAUAUUUACCAAUCAAUGUCAGAUCGGUCAAAAUUUAAUAGAGCAUUGCUAAUAUGUUUCGCUUUGUGCACUGCAAUAUAUGGCUCUUUUGCCACACUUGGAUAUCGUAUGUUUGGUGAUGGCACACUCUCUCAAAUAACAUUGAACUUACCAAAGCACACAUUUGCCUCAAAGGUUGCUAUAUGGACAACGGUAAUCAAUCCAUUCACUAAGUAUGCUUUAUUACUAAAUCCAUUAGCCAGGAGUUUGGAGGAGCUGCUUCCUCCAAGAACUGCUGAUACAAUAUGGUGCUCUAUUUUAUUAAGAACCACCCUCGUCGUUUCUACCGUAUGCAUUGCUUUUAUUCUACCCUUCUUCGGUCUUGUGAUGGCAUUGAUCGGUUCACUUCUCAGUAUACUUGUGGCCAUUGUAAUGCCCGCACUGUGCUUCUUGAAGAUAUUUAAGAACAAAGCUAAACCAUUGCAGAUUGUUUUGGGAACCACCAUUGCUGCACUAGGCAUCAUCAGCGCUGCACUUGGAACAUACUCGUCUAUAUCACGGAUAGCAAGCAGUUACUAAGGUCCAAGAAGAAUGGACAGCACUCAGCUACAUUAUUCCUGUAAUUUGGCACAUUUUCCUGCAGUUUAAUGUAAAAUCUUCUUGCUAAGUAUUGAUCUAUUUAAUGAUGUGGGAAUCUUUCGAUAAGUAUGAACAUUUAUCUCUCGUUUAGUUGAGUAAAAAGUUGCUUGUAAAAAAUCUUG